AAUCAUGGGCAAUCCACGGGGUAUGAGCGUGCUAGAGCUGACCUGGCCUACGACCCCGAAGGCGAUGUGACAAGCCAAUCAGAUGCAAUUAGUCGUCGCUCAACGUAUGGGUGUCCAUAUCAAAAUUUACUUGAGCCCGGUGCUCGAUGGGUUGUUGACUCUAUUCUUCUCAACGCCUAUACGACUGCCACUUCAAAUAUGAAAAAUGCGCAGCUGUUGAAUGUCCAAUACAGGGGCUAUAAUUUCAGCCCGGUUACCCUCAAUCGAAACAGGGUCAUUCUCUAUGGAAGACUAAACUAUAGCGUGUGGCAUGGCAAGAGUGAGGCCUUGUGUCUUAACGUCCUUAUCGUCAAGGUGAAGCGCGGGGCUAAGAGGAAAAACCCUAUUCCCCAACUCUUAGGAUAUAUGGGUCUAUAUCUCGCUAUAUGUACUGAGCUCUAUUUGAGAAAGCUAAUCGGUAUAAAAGGGUAUAUCAGCCGCGGACGUAAGGAUGAGAAGAAGUGCAACUACAAUGUCUACGGUAUUGUGUAUACUAGAUCCGUUCGGCAUUUUUUGAAAAUUAGUCAUGAGUCAAAGCCGUUCGAUUUGCUAGUGUGGAUGCUGCGGAGGGCAGCUGCUAUCUCCCCAGCUCACUCAAAAGAAACCUCAGCGGAAACUUACCUAUAG